CCUGAAAAAUAAAGCUAUUGGUACAGGAAAUUCGAAAGGCAUGGAAUUCAACAAAAAACGUUCCGAAUUUCUAAUGAAGUCUCUUAAGGCGUACGGUGAAACGACAAAAGUCGCAAUCGUUGCGCCACCAGGACUAGACCGAUUACUAACCAUAGAUUCUGAGGACCAAUAUUUUGUUUCCGAAGAUAUCCUGUUCACACGAAACUUGGCAUUCGCCAUGAGAAAGGGAUUUCCGUAUAAAAGUAAAAUCGACAAAUUAAUGAGAAGAUUAAUUGAACAUGGAAUCUUUUAUAGACUGUCUGGUUCAAACCUUUUCAAACCGAAACCAACACCGCAUAAUGAUUCGAAACCUUUGUCUGUAGAAGAUCUGUUUGGGGCAUUUCUUCUGCUUUUCGCAGGAUAUACCUUAUCGUUCUUUUGUUUUCUAGCCGAAAUUUUUGUUGGAAAGAUCUGGAAUCGUAAAUGUCUUUUACAGAAAUAAUAACUAUAAUAAGUACAGGGGAGAGCGGGACUAGAUGUACUGUAGUUUUUAACGUGUUCUUCAAUUUCUUUACCGUAAACACAUUCAUAUUAGUAUUUGUAUAAUAUUAGUUACUAAUGAAUUUGUACACUUUUUGUUAUGUCUAGAAAGCUAUUCUUUUCUGCACGGCCUCAUAAUAUAUAGCUAGAUUGCUGCCGAUGUUGGAACAUCAGCAGAAUCGUGCCCGACGUUUCAAACGCCAUUGUCAAACUUCUAGGCUUACAGGAUGGCGGCGCUGAACGUUCGACGUUUACGUUUUCGCGAUGAAAACGUCGGCUGCCACUUCUGUAAUACUUUUUUAGACUUAAAUUUGGGCAUGAAGAUGUUACAACCUGUCCGGGUUACGUGACAGUAAAUAAUUGAAGAAAUAUUAAAUUCCAAAUUGAAAACACUGUGUAUUGAUAUUUCCAGCAAACCAAUAGCUGUAACGACUCACAUAAAGCAUAUAUUUAACUGUUUAUUAAUUGCAAUCCUGGUGGCUUAUUCUUUUCAACAAAUACACUGUACCCGCCCAACCCUCAAGUCAGAUGUAUCCAAAUGUCUCGUUACAAAUCAAACACGCCCAGGACUUUAACAACUCGUCUCACACUACACUAACUUCACCACUUAAAAGGCACUCAAUUGCUGGAAAUCCCUAUAAUUUUCAAUACUUUUAACCACCCUUACUGCCACACUUACGGAGAUAUGACUUACCUGUAUAAAAACUUGCAAUUUUACGUUAACCACAGUGAAUAUAUUUAUGACAUCAUAAAAGCACCUGCGAGUAAACUUAUAUCCAUUCCAAUUGACUUUUUUAAAACUCUGUCUGUUCUACACGCACUAAAAAUGCCUUAUUUUAGCAAGACCAUUGUGAAGUUCCGCCAGGCCCACAAUUUGGCGGCUAGGCCCAUAAUGAGGGACGUAUUAGACAGAUUACCCUCGAAAAAUUCGUAGUUUUCACUUCUACUGAUUAAAUCUGAGAUCCCCGGAGUAGUAUUCUCGACUAUCGGGCCAUUGCGUUGAUACCAACUGAGUAAAAUGAGACAUUUCUUUUGUACCAGUCCUGCUCUCUCCUCCUAACUUAUUUGCAUGAAAAUUUAGUGUUUUUUUCUAAUAAUUCCUUUAUCAAUAUUAAUGAGAAAUUAUUCAAGUUUAAUUAUAAAAAUUGUCGAAUAUUUCAUGUAAAA